AUGACUUCUUUGAGAAAGGCAUUCAGCCUUUCCAAGGAGGAAGUCAGGAACGCCAGACCACCAGGGACUGCGACCCUCGUCGAGCAUCUCGAAUGGACGGCAUCGCAAACAAGUCACGAUGAGAUCCGUCUCGUCCCCCAACCAUCAGCCGACCCAGCGGAUCCUCUCAACCUUCCGAUGUGGCGCAAGAUAGCAAUCCUAGCCGUCAUGUCGAUACAUCCGUUCGUGGUGAACUUCACCAGUUCAUCCAUCUCGAGUACUUUGCCGAUCUACGCGUCAACAGGCGUGUUUGGUUUCCCACCAAAGUCGUUUUCGCAAUUGACGUACUUUAUUGCAUGCAACAUUCUGAUGCUGGGCGCAUCGAACCUGUGGUGGGUGCCGUUGGCGAACACGUUUGGCCGACGCCCAGUCAUUCUAGGCAGCUUAUUGCUUCUCGUCUUCUCCAGCAUGUGGGCUGGACUUGCUACGAGCUUCGAUAGUUUAGUGGCUGCUCGUAUCUUCAUGGGCAUUGGAGGUGCGCCGGCUGAUGCUGUGAGCCCGGAUGUUGUUGGCGAGAUCUUCUUUGUCCAUCAACGAGGACGUGCUCUAGCCAUCUACACGGUCAUGUUGACCUUGGGUUCGCUCCUAGGCGCUGUUGCUGGUGGCUACAUUGUCGCGGACAUGGGCCUAUCCUGGCUUCAUUGGAUGAACGUCCUACUCUCAGCUAUCACCUUCGUCCUCUGCUUAGUAUUCCAGGCAGAGACCCUGUACCACCGCAAAGAGAGUAUCGUCACAUUCGAUGAUCCAGACAAAGAUACUGUUGAGACCAAGGAGAGAGUCACCGUUGCUGAUGCUGCUGCGCCGUCUUCCUACCCAUCGUACUCGCACAUGAAGUCUUUGAGGCUCUUCUCGUACCACCCUGGUCUGAUGCGCAACUUGAUCGCUCCCUACAAGACGCUCAGGCUACCUGGUGUAUGGCUCGUCUCAGCUUGGUACGCCGGAUUGGUCGGACUUAUUGUUACCAUGUCAACUGUUGGUCCGCAACUCGUCGGCGCGCCACCGUAUCUCUGGGGAAAAAACGUUGGUUUGAUCAACAUCGGUGGUGUUUUUGGCGCUUUGAUCGGAUGUGUCUACACCUACCUCAUUGCCGACUUCGCAACCAAACGUCUCGCAAAGAAAGAUUCCCACGGUUUCUCCGAGCCCGAAUCUCGUCUUGUUACCGCUCUUCCCGCACUUUUCCUCGCCACAAGCGGCUCUCUCAUAUUCGGUUUCGUAGCGCAGAACCCUUCGCCUACCGGAUGGGUAGGUCUCCAAUUCGGUUUUGGUCUUGUCGCUCUUGGACUUAUGCAAGCGCCUUCUGUUGGCUUCAACUACCUUAUUGAGGCUUAUGGAGUGCUUGCCGGAGACUGCUUCGUUGCCGUCACGUUCGUUAGGGCUAUUGUGAGCUUUGCGUGGACGUUCUUUGUUGGAGAGUGGGUCACACAUAAGGGAGCUGCUGAGCCUUUUGGCAUCUUUGGGUUGUUGAUGGGCCUUUUUGGCUUGCUCACGAUUCCCAUGUUGAUCUGGGGUAAACGGUUGAGGAUUUGGACAGCGAAGUGGGUUCCUGAGGGAUCAGCUUUGUAG